AUUAGAAUUGUGUUUUGUUGGAUGGAUUUUCUUCUUGUUUUGUUCAAUUGGAUUUUUUUUUUUGGAAAAAGUUUUUGUUGUUUAAAAAGUGAAAAAAACCCAAACCUUGUUCAUCUAUAAUGAGAAUAUCAACAUCAAUGAAUUUAUCUCAAACAACAAUGACAAAUUCAUUAGAAUCUCAUCAUAAUGAUAAUGAUGAUGAUGGAACAAAAUUAUCAUCAUCAUCAGCCCAAACUGGUGCAAAAACUGAUUCAACAACAACCACGGCAAAACAACGCAUACGAGCAUUACGAAGUUUUUCAUCAUGUCCAUCAUCAACGACAAAUGCAUCAACAAUGACUACAUCAACAAAUUUAUUAUCCACAUCACCGACAACAAGAAUAAAAUCAACAAGUUUUGAUCAGGAAAAUUUUCAACAACCAAAUGAAUUAAUUAUAAUGGAUUAUAAUCAAACAAUAACAGCAAUUGAUGUACCACCAAAUACAUUACAUUUAUAUCCAUUUAGGCCUGCAUCCGAAUUACAUCCCGAACCAGGUGAUAUAAUUGAAUUUGAUCGUACAUUAUUUUCACAAUGGGGUAUUUAUGUUGGUGAUGGUAAUGUUGUUGUGAUUGUUGGCGGUAAUGGUAAUUCCAUUCAAAUGGUACCUGAUGUUGAAAUUGCACAUGUUGAACUUGUACCAUUAAAUAUUGUUGCCGGUGAUCAUUAUUGUCGUGUAAAUAAUAAAUUUCAUCGUGCUAAAGAACGUAAUCUAUUACCAUUUAAUAAUGAAAUUGUUGUUAGAAAAGCACUUUCAAAGGUUGGCACAACCGUACCAUAUAAUGCAUUACAAUGUAAUACAGAACAUUAUGUUACCGAAUGGAAAUAUGGACAACGUUGGAGUGAUCAGGCACAAGUAUCAUUACAUUCAUUCAAAGCAUUACGAUUACAGCAUACAAAUUCAAUAUCGGAAAGUCAUAAUGUAUUUGUUAAUGCAUUAAAUGAAGUAUUAAAUAGUCCAGCUAUUUCAACAACACCAACAACAACAACAUCAUCAUUACAUGGUUCGAAUCAAAAUACGGGAAGUGGUAAUAAUAGUCAAUUGGCAAGUCCAACAACGAAUUUAUCAUCAAAUAGUAAACCAAUACAGAUUAAUAAUACCACUAAUAUUGAUCAAAUGGAUAAUCGUAAUCGUUCAACAUCGAUUAGUGAAUCAUUAACAUCAUCAUCAUCUAAUUAUGGUAGUGGCGGUUGUAGCGGCGGUGGUGGUUGUGGAGAUUGUGAUGAUGAAUCAUCAUCAUCCAAUUCAUCACCAUUAUCAAUAAAUUUAUUGGGAAAUAAUAAUAAUAAUCUUAAUAAUCAUCAUCAUCAUUUACAAUCUACAUUGACACCGACAACACCAACAAAGACUGUUAAUCAUUUGACGGAAUUUUCAUUUUUUUAAAAUUUUUUUUUCUGGUUUCAAUCAAUUCAUUCGAAUCACAAAAGUGCGUCAACAUUGAUCUAACUGGUCGUGUGUGUGUGUGUGUGUGGGUGUAUUUUGCCGGAAUUUGCAAGUUUCUUUCAAAAAAGCUCAUUAUUUUUUCAUAUAAGAUUCUUUGGAUUAUCAUCAUUUUUUUGUUGUUUGGUUUCAUAUUAAGAUCAUGUCUAAUUUUUUUGU